AUGUCACUCCGUCACCGCUACACUGUCCCCGUCACUCCGUCACCGCUACACUGUCCCCGUCACUCCGUCACCGCUACACUGUCCCCGUCAUUCUGUCACCGCUACACUGUUCCCGUCACUCCGUCACCGCUACACUGUUCCCGUCACUCCGUCACCGCUACUCUGUCCCCGUCACUCCGUCCCCGCUACACUGUCCCCGUCAUUCCGUCACCGCUACACUGUUCCCGUCACUCCGUCACCAUUACACUGUCUCCGUCACUCCAUCACCACUACACUGUCCCCGUCACUCCGUCACCGCUACACUGUCCCCGUCACUCCGUCACCGCUACAAUGUCCCCGUCACUCCGUCACCGCUACACUGUUCCCGUCACUCCGUCACUACUACACUGUCACCGUCACUCCGUCGCCGCUACACUGUUCCCGUCACUCCGUCGCCGCUACACUGUUCCCGUCACUCCGUCACCGCUACACUGUCCCCGUCACUCCUUCACCGCUACACUGUCCCCGUCACUUGUCACCGCUACACUGUCCCCGUCACUUCGUCACCGCUACACUGUUCCCGUCAUUCCGUCACCGCUACACUGUUCCCGUCACUCCGUCACCACUACACUGUCCCCGUCACUCCGUCACCGCUACACUGUUCCCGUCACUCCGUCACUUCUACACUGUCCCCGUCACUUCGUCACCGCUACACUGUUCCCGUCACUCCGUCACCGCCACACUGUGCCCGUCACCGCUACAGUGUCCGUCACCACUACACUGUCCCCAUCACUCCGUCACCGCUACACUGUCCCCGUCACCAUUAUACUGUUCCCAUCACCGCUACACUGUCCCCGUCACCGCUACACUGUCCCCGUCACCAUUAUACUGUUCCCAUCACCGCUACACUGUCCCCGUCACCGCUACAUUGUCCCCGUCACCGCUACACUGCCCCCGUCAUCGCUACACUGUCUUCCGUCACCGGUGCACUGUCCCCGUCACUGCUACACUGUCCCCGUCACCGCUACACUGUCUUCCGUCACCGCUACACUGUCCCACACUGUCCCCGUCACCACUACACUGUUCCCGUCACCGCUACACUGUCCCCGUCACCGCUACAUUGUCCCCGUCACCACUACACUAUCCCCGUCACCGCUACACUGUCCCCGUCACCGCUACACUGUUCCCGUCACCGCUACACUGUCCCCGUCACCACUACACUGUUCCCGUCACCGCUACACUGUCCCCGUCACCGCUACACUGUCCCCGUCACCAUUACACUGUCCCCGUCACCGCAACACUGUUCCCGUCACCGCUACAUUGUCCUCGUCACCGCUACACUGUCUCCGUCACCGCUACACUGUCCCCGUCACUCCGUCAACGCUACACUAUCCCCGUCACUAUCACAGUAGUUUUUUACCGUCACAAUUCACCGUCACCGUCACCAGCAGCGCAUCAGACGUCACAACACCAUAG